AUGGCCGUCAGAGAGAAAGGAGCGGUCGUAGAUGUUCUUGAUAAACGGAUAUCAGACCUAGAAAGACGUAUUCUGACCAGCGAAGAAGAUGUCCUGGGUCUUAAGGGUUCAUCGGUAAUUCCUCUGAUAGAUUUUUUGUCAAUCAACCCUAUUGCAGAGAGACAUAUUUGUCUCCUCAAGUUCUGUGUGGUUUAACUGUUUUGGGCUGUGAUAAACAUCUCAAGAUUGUAAAGUGUAUGGAUUUUAAAAUUAUCAGCUUAAUAAGUCACAUGUUUUUGUUUUAGUGCUUAGGAACCUUGAACAAUGUACAGAAAAAUCUUGAUAAAAUCGGCACCAAAUACAAAAGAAUUGCAGCAGUCUGGAAGAACGGUAUAUGAAAUAAAUAUUUUAAUUUAAGCUUACCUUUGUUGUUAUUUAGCAACACGUUUUAAUUUUAUUUUAAUUGUUUCUGAAGAUAUUGAUUUGUUUUUCUUGGAAAUAGUUUUUAGCGUAAGAUUUUAACAAGUUGAGGGAUAAACGAGUUUUGUAUGGUCCAAAUCCCUUGAAGUCCUUGAAAAUGCAUAUUUGGCUUGAAAGUGCUUGAAUAUGAGAAAUUAAGACAACGCAGUAAACCGAAAACUCGGAAGACAUUAUGCACAUAGCAUUCAUUUAGCUGUUGUGUCUGAGACAAUUUAUAAACAGAUGCACAGCAGACUAAGCAGUCUCAAAUUGACGAUAUUAAUUUUGGGGAGCAACUACAGAAUACAGGGCCAUAUUUUAAGGUCUUAAACAGAAGUGGCUCGGUGGCUCGCUAGUCAUCAUGACAAGUGUUUAAAGAACACAGACAUAAAAAAGAUGUAAAAGUGUAAAAUUUAAAGAGCAAGUAAAGGUAUAUAUUUUAGUGGCUCGGCGGCUUGUUGGCUCUUCAGUUGAGGUUAUAUAGUUUAGUAGCCCAACAGCUCAGUGGCUCGUCAGUCAGGACUACCGAUCCACCGAGCCAUCCCAACGAAUAUACCUAAAAAAUUGGCCCUGUAUUCUGUAAUUAAGCCUAAUUUUGGUUUUUGUUUUCAGUGAAAGAGCUGGAAACAUUUCUUUCACCUGAGUUCAUGGAGAAAGCUUCUCUUUCAGAUGAUGCCAAAGCUGAUAUUAUUGUAGCAGGUUAGCAAAAAUUAGACAAUAAUAUUGAUAAUGAUGAUGAUAGAAGUUUCUCAGGAUUGUCGCAAGGGCAAGCAUGUUACAUUCAAGCAAGUAAAGCAAACACGUAAGAGAAGAUAAAAAGAGAAGGAAAGACUGUAAUCUCUUUUGUCACUGAUGCACUCAAAUUCUUUGUAGUUCCAUCAAUUGGAUUGGUUCAUAAAUGAUGGCAUGCUAUUAACACACUGUCAUACAAGUUUGAAUUCUACUAAGUAGAAAUUCACCUGAACUAUGGUCAAAUGUAACAAGAAAUUCCUAUCCCCAUGAUAAGAUUGCAAAUAACAAAACAGCUAACUUUACAUGUGCUCUUGGCAAUGUACAAUAUUAUUGCCUAUGUACAUUAUUUAACUGACUCAUUUAAAAACAUGAAUUACAAAGAGCAUGUAAUUCUUCCGCAACCAAAUUUGAAUGUUGCUUGGGCAAACCGUGAUUCCUUACUUUUUUGAUCUUAAGCCCUGAUAGUUAAAAACUCUCUCCAAAAAAAUUUUUUUGUAGCAAUUGGCCUGUGUAACAUUAAAAAUCAUGAUAUUUAUAUAAAAGACUUUGUAAUUUAUUCUUAGGUGAAAGCCAACUGAGAUCCUGUGCCGAGCAGCUUAGACAAGUUGAAGAUUUGAAAAAAGUGGUUACAACAGAACCCCUCAAAGGUUUGUGAUAGUACUGUUCAACGUCUCUUUGCCUGAAAAAAUUGGUUCUAAUCUGACUUUAUUAUAAGCAGAGUAUGGUUAUGAUAAUUGGUUUACAGUGUAUAUACUGGUGUGUAACAGUGUUUGUUGUGCUUAAACUGCCUCCUAUUACUACUUUGCGUAAGGAACUAUCUCCUUUAAUUAACGUGUGAUAGAAUUACUUUUAUCUGCUUGCAAGGGAAUCAUCUUGGAUUGAUGUCCUUGCAAGAAAAAACCACAUUUCUUCUGUUGCCUAGCCUGUGUCACAGACCAAACUAAGGUUAAGUCUUUUUGCGAAACAAUGCUAAAAUCUUUGUUCUGGGCCUUUACUUGUGUAUCAGGGUUUGAGUAUGCACCAUGAUUGGUUCGUUCAAAAAUCCAUUGUCAGUUUGUCAGUCAGGUUGAAAGGAAAUUUUAAACGCUUUUCCAGUAAUUUUUUCCAUCCGUUGGGGUCCCUUAUCAACACUGCUUUGCAGACGUUACUAACAUGCUUUAGAUUACAUCUGUGUCACAGGCUGCUACUGUUACAUUGCUUUCACAUAAUCCAUCUGUACAUCCACAGGUUAUGCCCACUCAUGACAAUAUGUCACAAGCUUGGUUGAAUGUGAAGUCAUUAUCAGAAAUUCAAACUAUUGACUCUAAUGAAGAUUACAUAGGAGUUUACGAAACCUUAGUCACUAUCACCUACAGAACAUUCAGAACUUCACUCACCUGGAUCAUCAUAUUCCACCCACUUAUUCAUUUUCAUGUUGUAUAUCAUCAUUGCCUUUCAUAUGUGCAUUUAACAUUGUUGUGUAUUAUUUUUUUAUGUAUCGAUUUUGUGUUGCUUUGAAACUAGAUUUACCAACUUGGUCUGCCAAACUUCAACCACUGGUAGAAAUUCAUAUCCAGCAAAAGGUAGGGCUGGUGCGGAGAGUCUUUUAGAUCAUGAAAUUCAAAUGUCGCAAAAUGUUGUUAUUGUCAUUUACACAACCCAUUUUGUUAGAAAUCUUGUGCGCAACCAUUAAAUAAUUAACAUGGUGGGAGAAGGACUCACUACAAAGGAUAUCCAAAUCAGCUGAAGAGACUAAAAAGUAGAAAAAUUGCUUCACGUCAAGUCCACAGCUCAUAUGUUUGGAAGUUUCCCGUACAUAGCUUGCAUCUCUGUAAUGUUGUAAGUAAAUGUCAGUUAUUAACAUCUGUGAAGAAGUGCUAAUAUCUUUGUUAUGGGUGGCCCUCAAUGUACUCAGCAAAGUUGCAUAUCAAAAUUCCCUUCAAUGUGAUUGACAAAUUGUAAAUAACAUUUUAACAGGCCAAUCCUGGCGCAAACUCAAAUCGUGCAGCACAGGUGGAGGCACAGAACAAGGAUUUCUGUGCUGUUUCACAGACGUUACUAACUGGGAUUAGAUGACAUCUGAGACACAGGCUAUGUUCAGGAAGCUUCAGAAAAUAUGGGCUGUGACUUGAUAAUUAUCAAGAAAUUUGAUUUUGGACACUCUCAGUUAUUUUGUUACAAAAUAGUUUUGGUGAGUCCUGUGAGACUCAUCUUGUGAAACAUCUUGAGUCCCUGUCCUUAAGCAAUGAGUCCCAGUUAAAAAAAUAGUGAUUCCUAAAUUGAAAAUGCUUGGGCCUUUAUGUAACCAGGCAGUUAAUCUGAAGACAGACUUCAAAACUCUGUAUGACAGUAUACUGAAAUAAUUAUAAUAUAAUCCUUCUAUUUUAAAGCACAACAAAGGCUAAAAGAAAUGUGCAUCGUUAAACGACAGCCAUAAUAACUGCCACAGAAAUUACACAAACACAUGUUGAGAUCAAAAUUUGAUUGAUCUUUGUGUCCUGUGGGAUGCAUGCCAUGAAUUAUUUUGCAUCUUUGGGGAUUUCUGUGCAUCAGGGACACAGGACCCAGAGGUACAAAAUCACUGCACCCUUGGGACUCAAAGAAUUAAAAUAAGUUUUAUUUGAAGUGCAUAUUAAAUGCAAAGUAUUGAUUUUUCUUUGUUUUCUUAUAGGAGGAAUUCAGUGCAGGCAGUGAGAGACUCCAUAAUCUGCUUUCAGCCUACAACAAUAUAGUAUCCUUUAAAAUAGGCUUUAUUGAACAUUGUUAUUUUUCCCAGUUGUUGUUGGCAGAUGUAACAAAGUUUGUGUGGAGCAAUAUUGUUUGUGACUCAUGAUCUUAUUUCAAACUCUCCCUUUGAUUCAUAAGUAUAUAUUAGGGAAAUGAAAGGAAAAUUUAGCAUGUAAUCAGAACUGCUUCUUUGAGUGCUCAGAAAAGGCAAGAGACAAUUUAAUGGGCGUGAUCUCUCCAAAGUUAGAAAAGUCUGCAUGAGGUGGAGAUGUGAGUGUUUGGUGCAUGUCAAUCUCUCCCUCUCUACAGUAUUUUUAAGAUCUUGAUAAAGCAUUCUUUAUUUUUUUUGGUAAAUGGAAGAUUUCAAACCCCAGUAAUUGGGGAAAUGUAACUUUCACAAGAUUUCUGUCAAAGAAGAGAGACAAUCACAAGUAGUAUUCGACUGAAGAAGGCAAGGCCCUGUUCAUACUAUGGAAAAUUUUGUUCGUCUAGCAAAAAUAUUUCUCAACAGGAAGCCACUUCUAGUGUGAAGUGUUUUUCACACACCAAAAUCUUCAAAGACACCAUCAAGUAGAUUUAGAGGCAAACAAUUUUUUUAGGUGACAAAAUUCUUUGUUCCUUGUCACCUAUCCUUCAAUGGGUCAUCGUAUUUAACGAAUAAAGUUCCUUUAAUUUAAUAUCGAUGUUUCUGGUUAGACAAAAAAUUUCAUGUCUCAGUUGCAAACAUGGUUACAAAAACCGAAAAAAAUGGUGCGACCAAAAUUUUCAAAAUGUUUGCAAAUGCCAAAAUUAUUUCAUUUUUCGUUGUAGUGCAAGCAGCGCAUGCUUCUUUAGGUUCCAGAUGUGUAGAUUGUCUUUAUUGAAUCCAACUGUAGCAUUUGCAAUAGUGUAAACGGCACACAUAUUGUAAAUGGCUUUCCUCAGUCUAAUAAUAGAUAAAAAUUAUAAUCAUUGUAAAUUCAUACAAGCAUACAAAUUCCUUGACUGUUUGAAGAUAAAUCUCCUGUCAAAACAGUUUGUUGAGUGGGAUGUGUUGUUAACACAGAUUGAACAAGCUAUGGAAGUUAAACCAGCGGACUAGUUGAACAGUUAUAAGAAUGAACGUGAAAAAUAUUUAAGAACUUGAUGAAGGGUCAUCUAGUAGAAUCUGUAUGAUAUGAAAUUAAAGUGUAUUCAAUAUAACAGUGACUCACAAUGCGCUACAAUUUCACUGAACGCUCUUUUAGUGGACACCUGUCGAAAACGGACGCCUAGGGGUGGGUCCAACUGCUGCCUUUUUAUUUUAGUCUUCUUCGUUUUUUUAGUGUCGUAAGUCAACUCUCCGUCCCACAAUGAAAUUUAACUCCAAAAAGGUUUUUUUUUGCGUAG